AGCUUUUCCACUCCACUCCGUGCGCCCCCAACCACGCCGCACACUUCUCGCCGACUUCUCGCGGCCUCCAAAACCCAAAUCCCUGACCGCCGGCGGCGGCGAUGCUCCUCUACCACCGCAUCGUCCCUCGCCUCCUCUCCCUCCCCUCCAGCCCCACCUCGAAGCUCCUCGUCCGCCCCUCCCGCCUCCCUCCUCGCCGCCCCUUCCUGCCUCGCUGCGCCGCGCUCUCAGCGCUCGCGGCCCCCCAAACCGUAGACCACUCCGACGCCGAAGAAUCCGCCGACCACCUCGACGCCGAAGAGCCCCAGGAGCCCCAGGAGCCGCAGGAGGUGCAGGUAAAGCUCCCUCUCGACCGGCUCUUCCUGCCACCGGGGGCGAGCGUGACCCCGGGGGACGAGGAGGUCGUAACCGCGCGGGUCCUCAAGGGCUCCAACAUCGUGCUGGGCACGUACGCGCGGGGCGAUGCGCAGGUGGUUAACGCGGAUUUCAUAAAGAGCAGCGUGCGACCCGAUGACUGCCCCAGGGAUGGGCUGCCCGAGUUCGCGCUCGUCGGCCGCUCCAACGUCGGCAAGUCGUCACUGCUCAACUCGCUCGUCCGCCGCAAGCGCCUCGCGCUCACUUCCAAGAAACCUGGAAAGACCCAGUGUAUCAAUCAUUUUAAAAUAAAUGACAGUUGGUACCUUGUUGACUUGCCUGGUUAUGGAUAUGCUUCAGCACCACAGGUAGCUCGUAAAGAUUGGGAUGAAUUUACAAGAAAUUACUUCCUCAGCAGAGAUAAUUUGGUGUCAGUUUUUCUCCUUAUUGAUGCAAGUAUUCCUGCUAAGAAGAUUGAUCUUGACUAUGCUAGUUGGCUUGGGCAAAAUAAGGUCCCAAUGACGCUCGUCUUCACAAAGUGCGACAAGCGCAAGAAGAAGAAAAACGGCGGCAAGAGACCGGAAGAAAACGUAGAAUGCUUCCAGAGCCUGAUCCGCGAAUAUUUCGAGGCGGCGCCUCCGUGGAUAAUGACGAGCAGCGUAACGAACCAAGGCAGAGAUGAGAUACUUCUGCACAUGUCUCAGCUCAGGAACUAUUGGCGCAAGCACUGACAAGAGGAAAUACAACAAGAGUAGGACUGAAACAAUACCAAACCGCAUUCAGGCGGCAGCCGCACCCUCUGCAAUCAGGAUCUUCACCAACCAAUCCGCCUUGCCUUUUGAGCUGUUGAUUGCCCACGAUUGCAACCAUGAUUACUCAAUCAACAGGCAGACCGACCGGGAAUACAGACAAGCCGCUGAAAUCAACUGCCCUGUUUUCUUCUUCUAUAUUUGUACUACAACCGUACAGCCUCGACGUUUUGUCUUUGUUACCUUCUGAUUAUAAGAUUGUGCGUCCUGUGUGUAGAUUAAAGAACCUCCCGUGUCAGCUAAUCAUCAUCGGGAAUCCCACACGUUUGUUUUGUUA